AGAUCAUGUUGACGCAAUCUUACAGGUCCGCGGAUGUACAGAGGCCUACCGUGACCAACACCUCAAAAACGCGGGGUUUGCAUUCCACAACGUCUUGGGCUCGCAAAGUCUCGCGAAAAGAAAUCGGUCUAGCUAAUUCCCUCCUGCUAGCAAAUCGACAAGCUAUUUGAUUUAUCUUUAUCUCUUGUCACCCCAACAACAUUCAAGGUCUGACUCUGCAACGUUAUACGACUUGAGACGGGAGAUAGCAGGCAGUUGGACAUACACCCCUAUGGUCCAGUGAGGAGGCCUGCGAGAUUGGAGACGGAAAGGUGCUGGUUUCGUCUGUUCGCGAUCACGAGGACAACUUGACAAGUAGUGAACCGGACCAGAGCAGGCAUCUUUCUUCCCACAGGCUUUUUAUCGCCUCCCUCGACCAUCAUCCCCCCACAAUGACAUAUUGUGCAAAUCUCGACAGCAGCCGGCGUCGUAACUGCGAGGCCCGCGGCUCGCUGGUCUGCAAAAACUGUCGUUUGGUCUUGUAUUGCUCUUCAACAUGCCAAAAGGCCCACUGGCCGGCGCACAGACUCAAUUGCAAGUCUGCGCUGAUGAAGGACUCUUGGAAACCCGUGUGGGUCGUACAGGGGCGCCAGCCUUCGUUUGUCGGACCUGGCGUCGACUCCAAGUUUGGAACUCCCAAAUAUCUCUGGGGGAACCUUCCUGCGAUUGACAUUGUCGGGCUCGCCAAUCAUGAGGGCGAAACUUUCUUAGGCCCUUUGAACCUCUUGUUCGCAGCAUCUGGAGACCUCCGCAGUGUCAUCACAUCCCUGGCAAGCAUCACAGCGGAGUAUAUGGGCAUUGUUAAUCUUCACAUCAACGACCAUGACUUUACCGUCACAGCCCGCAAUGUCAUUAUGUUACUCUUUUUUUUCACUCUCGACGAUGCAACUCUUGCUGCCGAGCAUGCCAUUCAUGUUUUUUACUCGGCAUUUCUAACGAAAGCAUGCUUCGACGCGAUGCAAAACAAGAUCAAGCCUCUUAUUCAAGACGUCUGCGCCAAGAUUGUGGAUAGGUCUGCCAACGCCGUCCUUGGAAAGACCUGGAAGUUUGGGGUUUCCAGCAUCCGCCUUGUCCUAACCAAGGGCGAUUGGCAUAACUUGCUGUCUUUUUUUGACGUCCCUGCUGGCACAACAAAAGAAACUGCUCAGAAAGCCCGGAGUACUGUCGUAAGCGCUCCUGAGCGCAUCGACUACGUCCAUCGCCACCUCCUGAAACAGGAACCCGCUCAUCGCGUUAGCAUUAUGCAGUUUCGUGAGGAUGGCCUUCUACUUCCGCUUGGAGCCGCGAGGCCCGAAUUCCAGAUUCCGAAUCCGACGUUCUUCCAGACGCCUGAAGAGUGGCCCAUGAUGGACAACGCGGACCCAAUGGCUGGAUGGUGCCACAAGCAGAUACAAGCUGGCUACACCGGGCUGGCAGUCAAUGACAUUUACGGCAUGCUCUACUACCACCUUACCGAUCUCUUCAUCCGUUUCUACGGGAAGCUGCACAAUACGCCUGUUUCUAUCCUUCUGACCAAGGCCGAUGCUAGAGAAAUUGCCCCUUAUGUUGGCGGCAUGAAAUUCGCCCGGAUUGAUUCUUCGAAUAUUGCUGACCGCUAUUACCUCGGCCUCCAAGACACAGCGGCGUCUCUCGGUCCCCUCCUCCAAUCUCCCACCGAGAAUCCCCACGCAACAUUGAUCAUGGCUUUCAUGAAUGCAGCGAAGGAGGCAUAUGUUCUGUCAGGCGCUGAGGAAAACAAGGCCCUGGCUGAACAAGACAUGGACCGUCUCAAGAUGUACCUGCCUCCGCCUUUGGCCAUGUCACCCGCUGAGGUGGGGAUGUAUAUCUUCACCUUAAUGGCAGGUCGGGACCUGGUGUGGGACUUUGAACGCUUCUUUAACCUGUACCUUGACGAGUUUGAUCUUGGCCAGCUGGCUGCAGAAACAAGCCUGGAAAUGAAGGAGCACAACACGAUUGUCAAGCCCUGGCCGAUGCGUCUGAGCACUGGACCGGUAACGCUCGAGAAGAGGAAAGAGUUCCGGGCUCUUCUUGCUUCUCCUCACACGGGAAUGGAGCGGUACGUCGAGUGGCAGGCCAAGAGGGAUGUAGUGGCGGAGGAUGUGGACUAAAGGCACUUGUGGUUGUAGCUGCAUGAGUAAGGUAACGUAUGUGAAGGGAGGCGGUUGCAUAGGGCAAUCAUAUAUUAACCUGUUCCUCAUAGCUAGCAAACUCGAGCUUAAAUAUCCUCUCUGUGUAACUUAUGCGAGAGAUAUGCAUGUAGUUUUGACGCUGCCGCCCUUGGGGAACAUGUUUCUCAAUGUCUGGCAAAUGAAAGGUUCUGGCAAUUUCCAGAACCAUGGAUUUGUAACCAUUGCCACAGACGCGCGAUAGUUGC